AUGCUUAGACCUCAGCACCUGUUUAAAUUCACUGCAAUUACGAACUUUUCCCGUUCAAUAAUGAGUGAAAUCACACCAACCUCCAGGAAAAAGCAGAUCAUCCUCAAUGCUUUCGUCAUGAAUACCCCGGGCCAUUUGGCGCCCGGCUUAUGGAAGCACCCUAGAAACAAAACCGACCAGUAUUAA